AUGAGCUGGGACUACAUUGAAGAAAUCUUGCUAAGUCUUAGAUUACCUGAGAAGUUCAUUAAGUGGGUUAUGACUUAUGUGAGAACCCCUGUAUACUCCAUUAUGAUCAAUGGCAAUCCUGAGGGAUUCUUCAAAGGUGCUUGUGGGAUCAGACAGGGAGUCCCAAUGUCCUCUUUGAUGUUUGUUUUAGUGAUGGAGUAUCCCUCAAGAUCUCUGAAGCAGGUGGAGGAUAAGGAGUUUGACUUCCAUUCAGGUUGCAAGAAGUUGAGGAUUAAUCACAUGUGCUUUGCAGAUGGUCUUUUCAUCAUCUGCAAGGCAAACCUGAAGAGUGUGAAUAUAAUUGCUAUUAUUCUUGGGGAUUUUCAUAAAGCUUCUUGUCUUGGUGUCAACACCAAUAAAAGCUGUGUCUACUUCUAUGGGGUUAGCAUAGAGAACAGGGAUCAAUUGUUGAAUGUCUGGGAUUCUCUGAAGGUGUCCUACCUAUAA